AGCGGUUUCUUCCUGACGACUUGCUAAUCUCUCUCUCGGUGAAGUUUCCCUUGUAUUGUUCCAUCAAGCCAUGGAGCUUGGUAACAAUUGUUUGGCAAACGGGAAACUUAUCGUUUAUAGCCAUCCACUGUUUGGUGACUUCACCAUGACCAACACCAAGAGGUCUAAAGUCUCUGUAAGCAAUACAAGCGUCUAUCUUGGUCUUAGUGUUCCAGAAAGUUGCUCGUUUAGCUCUUUUUUAUCGUUUUUUCUGGACAUCUUCUCUACUUCUCUUCCUUCUUCCAUCUGUUUUCUUCUGUUUUGGUCCAAAAGACUUGAUUUCCAGGCUGGUGGCGUUACUGCGAGCAUUAUUGGUCAUUUUGAAAGUUAUUGAAAAGGCCAUUAUUUGAGGGAAAAAAAGAGCAAAUGUCAUUGACGUACAGUUAAUUAAGAAAAAUCAAAUUUCUCAGUCAACAAAAUUUUUAAUAUGAUUGUUUUUGUUUUUUC